AUGGGGGACGUGCAUAGCAGGAGAACGCCUCCAUUUCCUUCUCCAACCGAGACCGUCUCGCCCGUCGCCAUCCCACAGCCUCACAAUUUGCAAGUAUCGCGAUCAUCAUCGACCUACCGACACUCCUACGAACCUGAAUAUGUGACUGGAAUCUCGUUGGAUGGGCUGACCCGUGGCGUGGAUACAUCGUUGAAGGAGCCGGCUCAAAACCCUCAUUUCUCGCGCGGGGAUUCGGCUGAGCAGGUGGUGGGGUUGACACCGGUCACAGAAGAUCACCAGGUUGCAAGUGACCGGCCGGAAGACCAGGGCCGUUCAUCCCAAACUUUAAAGGAGCUGCGCAGACAAAUGGAGGAGCUGCUUGUUUAUCAACAGAUGCAGCAAAGUCAGAAUCAACACUCGUCCUCGACACAAAUUGGACAAUCUUCUCCACCUCCAAACGAAACCCCUCGGAAGCGCCGUCUGUCAAGCACGUCCACUGCAGAGAUUCCGGUCACAAUGCAACCUUCCUCUGGAUCCAUAGGUUCCGGGGGUACAAUAUUAGGCGUCGAUAACUCUCUUUCUGCCGACCAAGUCGCGACUCAAACCCCAUCCUAUCCCUUCCCGCGUGAACAAAACCAGGCCAAACUAUCUAAAGCAGCCAUGGAGAAAACAGGACCCCAGGGCCAAUUUAGGUUGAAGUUUCCUGCCGACAGGCUCCGUGCCUCACCCGUAACCCAAACACCGGAUGGAAUACCAACGUUGCCAAAGCUGCCAGGUCUACGGCCGAACUUUUGGCCGCCGCUUGGUGAUACUCCCGCCGAGGACGCAGAAGUUGCGACGCCCAACCUUUACGACCUCACUUUGAAAUUGAAUGCAGACCCGGGGCUUGAGGCAUGGUGGACAAACCUCAUUGAAAUCUUGGAGACCCACUAUGGGGCGGACCGUGUCACGCUGGCUGUCCCUGGGGAUGCGACGGACCUGGAGAAUGUGCCAUGGGGACAAAAGGCAAUUUUCAAUGGACAUGUGGAGGCGGGUACGAACAAUGGCCAGAUCCCUUCCCACCGAGUUGACUCUGCCCCCGAAACUACGAGCUUCCGUACAAUGAAUAGUGACGCAUUGGGGCAUAGACAAGAAAAGGACCCAGCUCCCAAGCCUAGGACCCCAGGGAUCGCUCCACCGAUGGUUCGACCAGCUUUAGAAUCGCGUCAUUCUUUUGCCGGGUUCCCACAGAGCAAGAAACACCGCGGAAUGGAGAUAGAUCGACAGCAGCAUCUGCCGAAGCCAAACGCCAUCAAGCAAGAGAAAAAACACGCUCGGAUUGCCGAGCAGCCAGAUCUUGCUGGCAGUCACAUUGAUUCUAGGGAUUCACCAAGGAAUUCACUUGAUCCGAUUCGACAAGCUGUUUUCCCGAUCCCGAGACCUCUAGAGAACGAGCCUGAUCCACUUAUUAAGCGCACCGGGGUUGUCAAACUUUUUGGUCGAAGCAAUCCUAUCGUUCUCACCCGUGAAUACACGGCAAAUGAACCUACUCGCGUUUCACAACCAUCAGACAGGGCCGCUCGAAGCCCUUUAGAAACAGUGCAGGUCACGCCCGGCGCCGAAGGGCCUGGUGAACCCCAGCCUAUUGUUGGACAGCAGAAGAACCUCAUCGCUCCUAAUUUGCGAGAAUUCGACGAAUACGAGCAAAUACCACAAUCUCCAUGGUCUCAGUCGCCUGCACCGUCACCUGCACCGCGAACACAUGCAGACUCCAAUCCUUUCUUCAGUAGCCAUUCGGUCGACGAGAUGGCCUUUGCAAAGAACCCUCCCGAGCACGACUAUUCCAAUGUACAGCCCCUGGAGGCCAUUGGAAUUGAUUACUCGAGGACGGUGGUCCACAUUCCUUUACUUCAUGGCGGCCAAUCCAAUCAUGGCUCUUCGUCAACUUUGAGAUUCCCCGUUGCCAUCGUGUCACUGCUGUCAACAAUAGUGCCUUAUCCAUCUAAUCUACGGCAAUCGCUGGCUCUCCUGAUGCCACACCUCACAACAUCGUUCUGCCUGGCUCAGCAUUACAGUCAGCUCGAACGUCAGAUAACCUCCAAAGUGGAAGCACCGCGAUACGGACAUCUGGUGGGACUAGGUGGAACCUUUUCCGACGCGAGCAGCGAGCUAGAACUCGUGGCGGGUCUCAGUGGUCAUGUCGGCUAUUCUGUCGGCGACGAGAGUUCCAUGUCUGCCCGGGCUAGCAUGACUAGUCCUAGCGAUCGCUCGUCAACGAAGUAUAGCCCCGUGGUCUCAAACAUGGGGACGCCAGGCUUUGACCUUGGUCAAGUUGGAUUAGGCUCGAACAAUCAGUCUCCGGCCUUGCGCUCUAGCGAUAUUUCAGAUGGUUAUUUCAACGUUCAAAAUCAGCAGACCAAGCUACCACGCGACAAUAUCCCACAGCAACGUCACCGUCUCUCCAAGUCAACUGUUAAUACGGACUAUACAGAGAAAAUGAUCGGGAAACCUCCCACGAGCGAAGAAAACAAUCCACAUGAUCCCAAUCUCAUUGUCUCGCCUUUAUAUGAAAUGCGGCCACCCUCGGCCUUUUCCCCAACCCAGCCGCCGUCUCGCCAGGCGUCGACGAAUUCUUUCUACAGCCAGCUGCAGCGCGAUUUAACCCGACAAAUUCCUGACACUAUCGCCCAACUAAUGCUCAACUCUGUUCCCCUUCAUCUUUUUCUAGCAAGGCCUCAAAGCGGUGAAAUGAUAUGGACAAAUACCAAAUUCGACUCAUACCGAAGAAGCAAACCGCAGGAACAGAAACUUCGAGAUCCAUGGCAAAACAUCCAUAAUAGCGAAAGGGACCACGUGUCGAGUGAAUGGGCCAAUGCGUUGCGAACUGGAUCGCAAUUUACUGAAAGAGUACGCGUGCGAAGGUUCAAUGACGAAACCGCCUAUCGUUGGUUCAUCUUUCGGGCCAACCCGCUUUUAUCAGCAACGGGAGAGGUUUUGUACUGGAUUGGCUCUUUUCUUGACAUCCAUGAACAGCAUAUCUCUGAGCUCAAGGCCACCCAAGAGAGAGAAAAGUUCGCGACCGAUGCGAAAUACCGCGCAUUUUCGAAUUCGAUUCCACAGGUCGUCUUCGAGGCAACCGAGAUUCGCGGACUCAUAUUCGUUAACGAGCAAUGGAAUCUGUAUACCGGUCAAAGUCCAGCAGAGGCUCUUGAUCUUGGAUUUGCCAAGCAUGUCCACCCCGAUGAUCUCGAAAAAUGCGGUGGAAUCUCUUCCCAGACAACACCAAGGCCUAAUGAUACGAACAAGUCUGCGCCUUCAGAUUCUGGCUUGGAAAACCAUGGUGUCUCAUCUGCCCUUGACGAGUUGGUGAAACGUGGCGUGGCAUCCCUACAGAAGGAUGAAAACGGCCGCGUGUUUUAUUCAACUGAGAUUCGUCUUCGCUCUCGGGGAGGGGAUUUCCGUUGGCAUCUAGUUCGUCUGGUAUGCGUCGAGACGAGCAGCUUUGGUAGCGAAGAGGCUUCUUGGUAUGGCACAUGCACCGACAUCAAUGACCGAAAGAACCUUGAGCGGGAGCUCAAUAAAGCAAUGAGCCAACUGAACAAUCAAAUGGAGUCCAAGACUAAGUUCUUCAGCAAUAUGUCCCACGAGAUUAGGACUCCCCUGAACGGAAUCUUGGGCACCAUUCCAUUCAUUCUCGACACCCAACUCGACAGUGACCAAAGGCGAAUGCUCGAUACCAUCCAGAAUAGCUCCACUAAUCUCCGGGAACUUGUGGACAAUAUUUUAGACGUAUCUCGCGUGGAGGCGGGUAAGAUGUCUAUGGUGAACUCUUGGUUCCAUGUCCGGUCCAUGAUCGAGGACGUAAUUGACACAAUUGCCUCCCGGGCAAUCGACAAGGGCCUUGAGAUAAACUAUCUAAUGGAAGCCGACGUCCCUGCCAUGAUGAUUGGUGAUAGAUUCCGUAUCCGUCAGGUCCUGAUCAAUCUCGUCGGCAACGCGGUCAAGUUCACUUCACAAGGCGAGGUCUAUAUUUGCUGCAGUCUCCAUCGCGACAAAGCCGUCGAUCUCGAUGAAACCGUGGCCCUUCUGAACUUCGAUGUCAUUGAUACUGGCAAAGGAUUUAGUUCGAAGGAUGCGGAGCGGCUCAUGCAGCGAUUCAGUCAGCUGGGAGAGAGUGGGUCACAGCAGAAUGCUGGCAGCGGCUUAGGUUUGUUUCUCUCGAAACAGUUGGUCGAAAUGCAUGGCGGAAGCCUCACGCCGAGCAGCAAAGAAGGCCAAGGUGCGAAGUUCUCCUUUAAUGUCAGAGUGGAUGCACCCCCUCCUCCCUCGCCAUCUGAGAGGCCUCAACUGCUUCGCCAGGCCUCCACUGCUUCCAGGAGACCUGUGGGAUCCAGGACUACGUCGUACGAUCGAUCCUCUCUCCAAAUACCGAAGAGCUUCGAACCCAAGCUUCAGGACCCCACAGCUCUAUCCCCGGAUCCUGAUUCGCCGAUACUCCAGUCGCCCAUCGAUAGCAGUGGCCUAGACCCUCCUUCUGCUGUGUCCUCAGCACUUCAGACUCCGGCUGUCUCAACUGCACACAUGUCACAUCAAUUCGGCCAAAAACACAAACAAAAAGCAAGCACGGCAAUUCCUUCCCCGGGAGGUAUUUCCGACGCACCUGCACGCCAAACGCCGUCGCCUUCUCAAGGUGUCUCGUUUCCCGGCAAGCUACCUGCGAGCUCUCCAGGAGUUCCCUCGCAAGGUCCUCUUUCUAUCGUCAUCUUGUGUCCGCUCGACAAUACCCGGAAAGCCACCCAGCAGCACAUCGAAAAGGUCGUUCCGCAUGAGAUUGAAUUCACUAUUACUGCAUUCUCCGAGGUGGAUGAAUUGAAGGACAUAACGCAAAGUCACGAUGCAAAGUGCACCCAUCUGGUUUUGAAUUUGCCCGCGACUGAUGACAUCUUGGAAGUAAUCCAGCACGUCUCAGACAUUGAUGCAAACACAUCACCCGUGGUAGUCAUCAUUUCGGACUUGUACCAGAAGCGCCAAAUCAGCACUCGCGUCAAAGAAUUGGCAGCUACUGGCAAACAGGUGUUUAUCGUACCGAAGCCUGUCAAGCCAUCUGCUUUCUCCACAAUAUUUGACCCUGAUAGCAAGCGCGAACUGAGCAAAGAUCGCAAUCAAGACAUGGCGCGAGAGAUCAACAAUAACUUCAAGACCGUGUCGAAGAUGGUCAAGGAAGUCCUUGGUAACAAAGGUUACCGCAUCCUGCUUGUCGAAGACGAUGAGACCAAUCGUGAUGUGAUGCUGAAGUAUCUUGACAAGAUCAAGCUCAUGUCAGAGACCGCUUCCAACGGCCAGGAAUGUACAGACAUGGUCCUUUCCAAAGAACCAGGCUACUACUCUCUUAUAAUCUGUGACAUCCAAAUGCCGAUCAAGAAUGGCUACGAUACUUGUCGAGAUAUCCGGGAAUGGGAGCAGAAGAACCAUUACCCCCAGAUCCCGAUCAUGGCCUUGUCAGCCAACGCGAUGACCGAUCAGAUCGAGAACGCCGCACAAGCGGGCUUCAACGACUAUGUCACCAAGCCCAUCAAGCACAAUGAGCUUGGCAAGAUGAUUAUGGGCCUUCUCGAUACCAACAAACCGUUAUUGCUUCUCCGCGACCGCCUCCACCCGGGGAGUGACAAAACAGCAUCUGCCCGGCGUUGA